GGCAAUGGAAAUUAACCAAUUGCUGGCACAGAGAGACAAGCUGCUGUUAGGGUAAUCUCUAGUUAGUCAGCAAUUGGAGAGCUUCCUGUCAGAGCGAAAUUCUCCAGUCCAAUCAAUUCUACCGACGUACUGUUUUGCAUAACCAAAUUGCCUUCAACAUGCAUAUAAAUAAUGAAUUUCGGUAGCUAAAAAAGUUCAUAUAAAAUCGUACGAAGAGUAAACCAAAAAAGGAGCCGUGACGAAGCAAUCUUUAUGCCUUUUGACAGUCCUCUACCGAAAAUGAAAAUGAAGGAGUGAAGGCAGUUCGAUGGAUGGUCUCGGGAAAGUAAUCAAAAUUGUGGCCAUAAAUAGGUCUCACCCGAGAUGAAGACUCUUUUGAGAAGCUUUUUUUUUUUGGCAAACGGCUCAAUUAUAAAAACGACAAGGAAAAAGAGUCGAACACCAAAGGUGAAGUCCAAAUAACGACAUAAAGGAGGAGAAGCUCUUAAAAUUAAUGGAAUAUUUAAAUUAACUUAAAAAAAAAGAAAACAAAAUUAAUCGCAAGAAAUUAAGAUUUGGCAAUUUAAAAAGAUACAAAAACACCUGCAAGUCUGAAAAUUGUAUAUAAGAAAAGACCUACCCGAAUUAAACACUAUUAGAUAAUAUGUAAAAAAUCGCUAGAAAGGUAUUAAAUGUAUGAAAUUAAUCAACUGAGCAAAUCUUAUCCGAAAUAUUAAAUAUAUGAACUUUUUACAAACACACAAAAUACUAAACAAGGAAAUUCAAACCGCUCCAAUAUGCAUUUAUAUAUGCAGUUAUGUCGUUUGAAUGGAAAAGUUAAACAUUUUUUCAGACAUAAGCCUUGCGUUAAGUAAACCAAUUAAUUUCCACAAAUCAAAACAAAUUUCGUCUUGUUAACACCAAAGUGUUUCCAAAAAAAAAAACUAAUACCCUCAGUCAUCAAUAAUUGACAACAAACAUGCCAGCCAAUAAUAAUCUGAAAUAUAGUUGUGAGAGUAUCACUUUCACUUUGAAAACUAAGAAAUGAGAAAUCUAGGCUUAACCAAAAAAUUGAUUUAAAGCGAUUCAAACAAAUGUCUUGAAGUCAAAGCGAAAAACAAGAAAACACUGCUCUGGGCAAAGUUCAGGCACAAAGUGUUAAAAGCGUGAAAGAAAAACUUAUCGACAGCUGUCAAAAUGGCCCCAACUCAAGAGGAAACCGGCAAAUGGCAUUUAAAUGUUUUGACAAAUGACAAAUUUGCGGUAGCCAUAAGCAGAAAAAAUAAGAGAGAAGUUAAAUAACUGGCAACUUGGGGCUGUACGGAGGUGGCCUUUUCAACGGCUGCCCGGCACCUGAACAUUUUCAGAGUUAUGUCUGGGCCCCUUGGCUCCCGAUCCGCCCCUCAAAUGUAUUCACGUUUUGCAGCGCUGACAGCUUAAUUGAAUUCAAGAUUGAAGAAAAGUUAAAAAUUUAAGGGACUUUUACUACAUACGACUCGAUCAUUUAAGGAUUAGUGGUUGGAACUUUAAGACGAAAACGAAACCUAAAACCUGAAACUAUCUAUAUACUAUAUUUACUAAAAUAUAUUAAGUAGAAAGAAGGCAGAAACAUGGCCAGCAGUUCGAGGGUUCCACAAUCAAAGGAGUCGCAGCUGAAAUCGUUUAAAGCCCAGCUAACCGACGUUCGCAACAUGUUGGUGAACUUUGAGGAAAUCAUGAAGCUGGCUAGCCGAGAAAAUAGCAGUCAAAUCUGUAAGGCCACACAAUGCGAACAGGAUGCUCUGGAAAUGCAAGUGCGUGCGGCUAAUAUGGUUCGCGCAGGAGAAUCCCUGAUGAAAAUGGUGAACGACCUCAAGGAAUUUCAUAUUCUCUACGAUUUUCCCGCCAUCGACAAGGAUAUCAAGAAGAUGUCGGAGUUAUGUAGUGCCAAGCAAAUCGAGAUUGAUGAAAAGCUAGCGAUAAUAGCUAAAGACAUGGAAGAGGAACUGUCCGACCUGGAGGAGGAGUACUACAGCACCUCACUCAAGUAUCCCUAGGAAUUUCGAGUGAUUUCUGUUCAAUUCAUUCUAAAUGCUUUGCAUAAACUACUUUGUAUUAUAUACAAAAAAACUCUUGUAUCUUCGA